AUGCGACCUGACGAACUAAAAACCUACCCCAAUUCAAGUACUCCAGUAUCUCCAGCCUCUAUCAAUGAGUUCAACACCGGCUGGAGUCGUGAGGCAGACGCAUGGCCUGUUCCUCUGGGCGUGAACGAGUUUCCUGAAAUGGUUUCUGGAUUCGGGAACAGUGUUUCAGCAGUUUCCGCGAUGUUCGCGUUGUGCAUGUCCCGAGGGCAUCCCACAAUCCAGGACGUACACAGCCAGAAUUGUCUGAACAAACAAGUGAAAGGAGGAUACCUACUGCGAUACAGAAAAGGACUGUUCUGUAGCGGUUGGACCGAAGAAUGGGUUGUCCUUUACGAAGACUCAACAUUGGCAUGGUACGCAGACAAAGGGCUCAAUAGGCCCAGAGGUCGGAUACGAAUUGGAGACUCACCAGAUCUUCUAGCCGUCGGUGAAUGGACCAGAAAAGUGCCAAAAAGACCAAGGUUUCCUCGGACUUGCCACCUAGGUCAAUUAAUAGCUAUAGGAUCCAGACGACCACAGGAUGUACAUUGGUUGAUAGCACAGUCUCCCACGGAAGUGAGUGAUUGGAUAACAGCAAUAGGACAUACGCUACCACCACCGCCACAUUUUCCGGUAGAGGAUAAAGUACAGCCUCACAAACAGCUUCCUCAAAUGCAGCAUCAAAGGGAAAACACCGUCCAUUUACAGGUUUCCAGAUCGUUACCAAGAUCAUCAUCAAAUCAAUACCAAAAAACCCCAUCGACUUCCUUAGCCACUGCCUCAAAACAGCAAAAUUUCGAGAACGACCACACUGUUAUAUCAGGGGUGGAGUUAGGAUGGGGCCAUGGCUGGGGUUGGGGAGGUGCAGUGUGGGCAGCAGAGGCCACAUGUGUCCAAGAAGCAGCAGUGAGUUCGAGUCUGUACUGUCAAAACUUGGAGGACUAUAGUUUGGGAGGUUAUGAAGAAAUGGACUGGAGCGCAAUCGGUGACUUCUGCUUCUAAAUAGUUUUUAAGAGUAUCAAUCGUGUUCAAUACGUAACAUAGACGGGUAUAUUUAUAUCUAUUGUUACCAAAUGUUCUUGAGCGAGAGAUUUUUUCAGUAUAUACUGGAUGGAGUGGAAAAUCGAUUUUUCAAGAGAAUUUUAGUUCAGAUCAAAUGAGAAACAAUUCGGCAUGUUACAUAUACAAAAAAAAACGGAUGGCUGAUAGUUUGUACUUAUUACAUUUGAAUAAAAUUCAUUGUUGGUUA